UGGCGGUAUUGUUGCAAACACGUGGGAUUUCAGCACAGCAGCUAUAAAACAAGAAGGUCUGCAAAUCCAACCAGGUGAGAGAGAGAGGAUGCAGAGAGGAUCAGGAAUUCGUACUUUGCAAGUUUUGGACACGGAGUUCAACGCUGACACAGUAGAAUGGUGUCCUGUGUACUCCUACCACCACAUCCUGGCUUGUGGUACCUACCACCUUCUACCGCAAGAAGAAGAAGAUGUUCCUCCAAGUAGAAAAGGUCGUUUGUAUCUUUGGAGAUAUCAACAAGAAGCAAAGACUUCUCACCUCACUGAGAUCCAGACCAUCGACAUGUCUGCUAUUCUUGAUAUCAAAUGGUGUCAUGUGGCGGUGUCAGGAAAGGUGCUGAUGGGUCUGGCAGCUUCUAAUGGAGAACUACAAGUACACACACUGUCACCUGAACAGGAAGGCAGUGUGAGUCUACAGGUGAUCAACAACAAGAAGGUGUCAGAAGGACUUGUUUUGUCGUUAGAUUGGUCCACUGGAAGGAUGGACAGCAGUGACGUGAAGGUUGUGUGCAGCGACUCAACAGGAAGUGUCAGCGUCUUUUCUUUGCACCAAACUCACCUUUCACCCGUGACUCACCUGAGAGCUCACGACUAUGAAGCUUGGAUCUCCGCCUUCUCCUACUGGGACACACACCUGGUGUACUCAGGCGGUGAUGAUUGUAAACUUAAAGGCUGGGAUCUCAGAAUGGAUUCUUCCACACCCACAUUCACCAGUAAAAGGCAUUCUAUGGGCGUGUGCAGCAUUCACAGCAACCCCCAUCGAGAACACAUCCUUGCUACUGGCAGCUACGAUGAGAAAGUACUGCUGUGGGACGGUCGAAAUAUGCGAGCUCCUGUGAGUGAGAGCACUUUGGGAGGAGGAGUGUGGAGGUUGAAGUGGCAUCCUUCUCACCACCAUCUUCUCCUGGCAGCCUGCAUGCACAAUCAUAUACAUGUUCUCAAUACUCAACAUAGCACAGAGGCGGCUGGGGGAGCGUGUCCAGUGGUGGCGUCGUACGUCCUGCACAACUCCUUGGCUUACGGAGCCGACUGGUCUCAGCUUCCUGUGGGGGAACCUGCUCCUCCCGCCCCUUCCCCCACGCCGUCGAAGCCGGCAGACGGUCACCUGAAGAUCCAGUACGAGUCUCCCACCGGCAGCCUGGACACCUGCCUGGAGGACCACAGUGGACGUUACGUCCCAGAAGACCUUGGAGCAGCUGCCAGUGCAGGAGAGGGUGUCGGUCGCCAUGGCGACACAUCUUCUUUUCUGCUCGCCAGCUGCUCCUUCUACGACCACGUUCUCCACCUGUGGAGGUGGGACUACCUGGCAGACGGUACGUGUUGACCUCACCUUCUUCUCACAUGGUCCACACUUUCCUGUCUUUGUCAAAUAAAUAUCCUUUUUAUCA